AUGGCCGAGCAUCAAGUGAUAGAUGAGAAGGAUGUCACAGGGAAAAUUAAAGUUACACUUUCUACCAACGAUUCAUUGGAUCAAAGUUUAGCAGGAGUUAAGAUUGGUGGUACUCAGACAGUACGUUGGAGUACGAGCUAUAUUACGGGGAAUCCAAAAGUUUCAAUUCAAGUAUAUUCAAUAUUUCCAACAAUGCCACUUCCAACUUACCUUGAAGUUUGGUCAUCCCCUCAUAACACUACACUAUCAGAAGGUCACUACCAGUUUACCGUUGAUCCGGAAAAGUUUGAAGUUGGCACCCCGUACAUCGUUAGAGUCUGGAAAGCCGACGAUGAGGAAAUUAGCGGUACCUCUGAUCCAUUUGUAGUGACAAACUGA